AUGACUGAAUACAUCAAGGCAGUUGAUAUCCGAGGCGGCACUGGCGAGCGUGAUGCCCUCUUCAUCAAUGACAAGACUCCCAAGCCUUCUGCUGCCGAAGGGCAGGCUAUCGUAAAGAUCAAGGCCUUUGGUAUUAACCGCAUGGAUAUAAUCCAACGUCGAGGCUUUUAUCCACUUCCACCUCAAGCACCUAAGACACUGGGUGUUGAGUUCAGUGGUAUCAUUGAGUCUUUUGGAUCUAGUGACCAUGGUGGUUUCAACGAGGGCGAUGAAGUCUUCGGUCUAGCCUACGGCGGCGCGUACGCUGAAUACAUCGCUGUCAGCACUCGUAUGCUGCUCCACAAGCCAUCCUCCAUCGACUUCACCACUUGCGCUGGUGUCCCCGAGGCCUGGAUUACUGCAACCCAGGCUCUGCAUCUUGUUCUUGGCUUCACCAAGGGCAAGUCUAUUUUGUGGCAUGCCGGUGCUUCUGGAGUUUCGGUUGCUGGUAUUCAGUUGUCUCGCGUUGCCGGCGCUUCCGAGAUUUACGCCACAGCUGGAUCUCAGGACAAACUCGAUUUCAUCACCUCCAAGCUCGGAGCGACAGCUGCCUUUAACUACAAGACUCAGGACUGGGCAGAGGAGAUCAAGAAGGCUACAGGAGGUAAGGGUGUCGACUAUAUUGUUGACUUCGUUGGUGGAAACUAUUUCCAAAAGAACCAGGACGUUGCUGCGCGCGACGGACGUAUGGUACUCCUGGGAACGCUCAGCGGUGCUAAGGUUCCCGAUGCCGAUAUUUCUCAAAUCCUGUUCAAGCGACUCCGCAUCGAGGGCAGCACACUUAGAAGCCGAGAUGAGGAGUACCAGGGCGAGCUGCGGGACCGCCUGGAAAAGUAUAUCCCAGACUUUGAGAACGGCAACCUUAAGAUCUUUGUGGAUGAAGUUUUCUCGUGGGAGAAGAUUCAGGAAGCUCAUAAGCAUAUGGAAGAUUCCAAGAACCUUGGCAAGAUCAUUUGCACAAUUCCUUGA